AGAUGCGACUCCUAAAUUCGAGUAUAUCUUAUGCCCAUACCUCGAAGAGGACACGAGAAUACGCCAUAGCCUUUCCCGAAACACAUUCAUUAUAACAUUCGCAGUAUACCAGAUUAGACCGCGUGGCAGGCACCACCUUAUAUAUACUAAGGACUUCUCAUCUCAUUUUAAUAUUAACACAGCUCACUCAAGCUACAAUUCGAAAAGAAGAAAAAUACUUACUUCAACUAUAAACCGGCUGGUGUACGGUCUUUGUACAUAUACGCAGAAGAUACGUUUUAGUUAUACAUAUAAAAGGAGGAAAACUGAAAUAAGCAAAGAUGUGUCACGUCCACCUAAUACACAAAUACGACUGCGGCCACCAGGAGAUCUCCCCCGGUACGCAGAAGAGCAGCUUGUGCUUGUUCGACCGGGGGGUAUGCAACGCGUCGGACCUGGGGCGGUACCGGGUGUGCCACGUCACGUUAAACAAGUACUGCACGCGGUGCCAGCCCGUGGCCAACAGCAUGAGGAUGCACGGGGGGCAGUGGAAGAAGGGGGCGGCGGGGCCCGCUGCGACGGUCAACGAGAGGAACAAGCAGCGGAAGCUCGAGAGGGACCUGAAGGCCCAGGCGAAGAUGCCGAUGCACCUGGACAACGUCGGGCGCGCGCGCCAGCUCAACCUCAUGGCCACGCGCAACCUGGAGAAGGUGCUCGAGCGCGAGGACACCUAUACCUCCCAGGUCUACGCCGACAUCGUCAGGUAUAUCGCGUCCCUGCCGCGCUGGCUCGACCGCAGGGCCCUGGUAGAGUCGAUGCAGCCUUGGUUCGCGCAGCUGUUCGACGAAGAUCUGCAGCUUAGCCUGCGUCCUACGCUCAGGUUUAUAUUUUGCGAAGACAUGUUGGAUGACUUGAUGGUCUGGACGGCUAGAGACGUACGACUAGAGUCUUGAAGGCGUUCUUAGUUAUAGUUAUGCUUGUUGAUGGAAGAUAUGAGUAUAUGUAGAAGCAGGGGCACUGGCAUAGGCGGUGGAUAACAUAAUUGGGAUAGCAUAGGAGUUAACUAGGUAUUAUUAUUCUACGGAUAUAACAUAAUAAUCUAUCAUAUUGAU